CGAAAAUUCAUGUCACACUCGAAAGGUAAACAUCAACAAAUAUUUAUGUAAAUUUCCAAUAUUUAAACCUUUUGAAUGAUACUGCCACGGACUGUGAUACUGCGAUGGAACUUUAAACAAAAACAUGACCUGAAGUCCUGAAUGGUUGAGUUCCUUGAACAGAAUCUGAACGAUUUGAAACUUUAGCCUGCAUCGAGCCAUAGUUGCUAUUCCAGGUGACAGUUGGUGAUAGACUCACAGAGACCAGAUUCUAUACAAAAAUAUAAGAAAGUAAAACAAUCACCUGAAUUUGUAGAGAUCUUUCAAGUUAUGAAAUACCUUCAUUGUUAUUAAAAGUAAUGCCAGUUUUAAUUGGCUCAGUUGCAUUUGAAUGUCGCGGACAAGACAAUUUUCUAUUCAAAAGCAAGCCAGUUUAGUUCACAGUUGACAAUUGAAAUCAAAAGUCUCUGUCAGAGACAAUAUUUCUAUAAAGGAAAUGGAAUACUCGGAUUUUUUCAUAUUGCUAAAUUCUAGGCGGAUUUUUGUGGACGAAGAAGUAGAUUUGGACAGAAUAAUUCUUGAUCGUCUCAUAAAAGACAAUGUUCCACACUCUCGAACAUUCACCAGUAUGGUCGACAGAUGUUUUCUUCCUAGCCCACAGAAUCAGUUUGAAAUAAAAAAUAGACAGAUGUCAAUUAACCAGUCAAAGCAUGGUGAAUCACACGUAGGAAAGAACAAGUCUGGUGUCACUCAAUAUGAUGAUGUUCCCAACAGAAGUGGAGGACAACCAGGUCGGAGUAGCUUUCAAGAGUCCAAAGAGGCUACAUUUUCACAAGGUCCAAGAAACUUUUGUAAUAAGCUUUCUAUGGAAGGAAACACUAGCUCCCUUGAUCCUAACACUGGAACUUUUACCAAAGCUUCUAUCAAACAUGAGACUAAUGGCUUUGAUAACAAUGAUCAAAUGCAUGGAACUUCAUCCAUGCACGCAAAUGGUACACUGGAAGCAUCAUGUAACAUUUCAAAUGUGUCUGACCAAAAAUUACUGAAGUCACGACAUCAAAGUCAUAAAAAAAUGAGCGGUAGCCAUACUGGCGAUGGCUUGAACACGUUACUGUAUGGGGGACCGAAAUAUACUGGUACAUUGAAAGAACAUUCACUUCAAGAGAAUCUGCAUGGACAAAACGAUCAAAAAUACUUCACUUCCUCAUCAGCCCACUAUCCCUCUUCCUCCUUGGCUGGGGUCAAUCCAUCAAAACCUCAUACGCGAGGUUUGAAAAGUGAAAAAUUACUUAAAUUGCUUUCAACGAGCCCAUCUGAAAUGAGGCAGUGUAGUAAAAACCCUGAGAUACAGCAGGACACUGAGAGAAAGAAAGAGAAACAACACCUGAUUGAUAAUAAUGAACUAUCUGGACAUAUUCAAAGUGAUGAUGUUAAAACAAAUAAUUUCCAGAGUACUAGUUCUUUUCAAGGAGAAGCUGAUUUAACAACAUUUAAACAUGCUGGUGCUGAGACAAUGACUAACAAUCGGGCUGAAAAAAUGACUAAUGCUGUUGCUAAGAUAAUGACUAAUGUUGGUGUUAAGACAAUGAUUAAUGUUGAUGCUAAGACAACGACUCAUGUUAGUGCUGAGACAAACAGGAAAGAACAUGCUCAGAAAGGUGUGAGCCAGGAUACUAGAUAUCAUGUAGGACCGGCUUCUUGCAAGGACACAAACAUUGUCAUAUCAAAACGUCCUCUUCAAAGGGAGGAUCAAAGUGAACAUGGACACUCAUCUCUUGGUACAGACAUGUGCUCAGAGGCAAAAAAUGUCCGCCGAACCCAGCCUGUCUAUGGGGAUCCAGACGAAUUGGAGAAGAUUGUUCACAGUCUUACUCAAGCGAAUGAUAUCUACACAGAAUUUCCAUUCCAGAAACAGUCGAGUGGAAUGCCAGAGGGUUCAACAUCCAUGACCAAUGCGUCGGGAGAGCCAAACUUCGAAAUGGACGUCAAUGAAAUGCGGCGACAGAUCCUUGAAAAAAGUGUUGGAUACAUCCACUUGAAAAUUGUGGAGACUGUGAAAUUCUCAAAACAUAUUCCAGGAUUUCGAGAUCUUGAAAUUGAUGACCAGUCAACCUUGAUUCGAGAAUCACGAACUGAGACUGGUCUUAUCGGAGGAAUGCGGAGUCUUAACCACGGAGCUAAGACAUUCACGCUGCGAGAUUCCAAACAAAGCAUCAACUUUCAAGCCAUGCGGCUAGUCUACAGUGAAGAUUUGCUUAUGUCCAAAUUUAAGCUGUCAAAGAAAAUACUCACACUGAAAUUGAGCAAAUGUGAGGAAGCGUUACUCCGGGCUAUUGCAAUAAUUUCCCCUGAUCGGUGUACUCUCAAAGACCCAGAAGCAGUGGAGCGAAUACAUAACAAGUUGGUUUCCUGUCUGGUCUAUGUGAUAAACAGAGAUACCCCUGGCUGUUUGAAAAGAUUAGGACAUCUUGUUGACAUCCUUAUUGCUCUGCGAGAUGUCACAGAAAUUGAUAUGAAUGAAGUUAAAAACAUUUUUAUGAAGUGGCCAGAAAUUUCCAACUAUGACCUUGUGAAAGAGUUCUUGUGAUUUAGUCAUUAUUUUGUCUUGGACUUUGAGCAGUUUGUUUUUAGUGGCUACAUGCUUUUUGUCUUUCAUUCUGAAUUGCAUUACUUUUGUGUAAUAAAGUAAAAAUAAAAAUAAAUGUCAUUAAUGCUUUUGAAGAAACAAGGAUACCGGUUAUACUUAUUUCAAUUUUCAAAAUGAUGCCAAAAUUCACCAGAUAGUCAGGAUAAAUCUUAUUUUCAAGUUUUUUUUCAGAUUAUGUUUUAAAAUACUGUCAAUUUUCAAGCGUAAUACGAUAAAAUUGGCCCUCGCUGUGUAUUGUGUUACCACGGUGUUUUAACCUCUCAUUCUGUUUUUAUCAUUUUAUCUUAAAGGGACUAGACACCAGAUGCCAAAGCAGCAAAAUCAGUAUUUCCUCAAAACAAGCAUAGAGCUGUCAAUAUAAGCUAGCAUGAGGCCGAUACUACACCAUUUUACAUGAUAAAAAGAAUAUUUUGUUGCUGUUUCAGUUGACCCAUUUUGAAAUGGUGCAUAAUGGUUUUCCAGUUCAUAGUGUUUAUUCUUAACAUGUAUAAGUCAAGUGAUAGUACAGUUACUUAUACCAUCAUGCUAGCUUUGAAUUUACUGCUAUAUUUAUACGUGGUAGACAACCCAGUAAAUUUCGAGUUGGAAAAAUUUGCAAAAUCUGUGAAAGAUACAAAAGUCUUAAGAGACGUGAUGAAUCAGUAAGUAAGAUUAAAUGCAUUGUGCACAACAUUAUCAAUUUUAUUUACGUUUUUGACAAUUUUCUUUUUUUCUUGCAAUUGUAGCAUUUGGUGUCUAGUUCCUUUAAAACUCUUUAUCAGUCUUAUGUAUAAAGGUUCCAGUUUGCAAUUUGGAAGAGUACUAUUAUUAUUCCUCAGUAAUUAAAAUGUGUUUUUUGUUGGAAAACAUUAUCUUGGAUUACCCGUCCUUUUUAUUUUUUUGUAUUUUUUUGCACUGAACAAGGAAGUAUCAAGUUAGAAGUUAAAAUGGAAGAUGAAAAACCACUUCUUAUAAAACAAGGUUUGUAGUAACAAGUGAUCUUAAUUCAAAAACAUGCUGUUUAUGAAGCAGAAAACAUGGCAAAGAAUGAAAGAAUUCUCCACUUUGACCUCUAUUGGACUCAUUAUGGCCUUUUGCUGGGGAUAUCACAUAUACUAUGCUAUACAUAUCAACUGUCAACUGAAUCAUGUAUAGGUCACAUGUUUAUUGUGUCAUUUUAAAUCACUAGUUUUCCAAUAGAAUGAUGAUUGAUUCACACAGGUUGUGUUGUGGAGUGUCUCAUUUUUUAUUGCACACACACGCAACAAAAUUUGAAGGCAGGUGUAUUGGAGUCACCAUACAGUUACAAAAAGUUUUUGGAGCUUAUUUCUACUACUGAUUUUGACGGAUUAUUCUGAAACUUGGUACACAUUAUCACCUUGACGUGAUUUGAACAUGUUUUAUCAGUUUUUCAAGAGUUAUGGCCCUUUUACUACAAAAGUACAUUGGGUAUGUAUGUGGACGCCUUCCACAGUUUAUGAGAGAAUGAUCUGAAACUUAACAGGUAUGAUCAGAAUAAGAGAACUAGUGACUAAUGUAUUUGUCAUCAGUUAGAGCAAUUUGCUUCAAGAAUUAUGAGCCCUUUAACUAAGAUCUACUCUGUUGGUGUAUUGAAGUUAAUAGGGAUUGUUUUGAAACUUUAUUCUUAUUGUCACCAUAAAGUUUAUCAAUGCUUGUCAUAUUUUUUUUUGUUCAGCGACAUAUUCAUAAUUGUUAGUGUUGUGUGCCCCCAUACUUCAAUUUUACUUUACCUAUAUUGGACUUUGUGGCACAAACUUCUCCCACAAUUUUAGAGACUACACUUGGACACCAAUGGAUUACACAUCUUAGAGUUAACUGCCCUUGGUACACAUUAUCACCAUCAUGUGUUGUAGUGCCUGACAUACUUAAUGUGACUAAUGGAUUACACAUCUUAGAGUUACCUGCCCUUGGUACACAUUAGCACCAUGAUGUUUGUAAUGCCUGACAUACUUUUCAUAAGAAAUGACCAUCUCCUCAUAGAGCUAUGUGCCUUAUCAUGAUGUGUUUUAUAAUAAAGUGUAUUUAGAGGCAUGUCGCUGCUCUGAAAAAAAUUCUUGUGUCAGAUUAUGCCUUACCAAAUUGUUUCUAUGUUAGGCAUCCCCGGACGGAUAGGUGUUGGGCUUCAUAUUUGGGGAAAAAACACCAACAUUUUAUAUGAUAAACGCUUUUAAGGAAUAUUUUUUAUUUCCUUUAACUAUGAUUUCAACUACAAAACACUAGUGUAAGGAACAUGUUUAAUACUUUGAACUUGUAUUCUUGGCAUUUUGAUAUCAGAAAAUGAUUCACUCUGUCUGAUUCCCAUGAUCAACACACUUGAGUACAAGUUUUAUUUGAACUCACUUUGCAGUGGAAAUCUAUAUAACAAAUGAGAAUGGUCCAGAAUGGAAUAAGGAGGCUCUGGUGUAUAUGGUUUUAAUAGGAUGCCACUCAUUUAGUAUUUCAGGGGUUUGUUUGUAUUUUUGGGAUAGCUAGAUAGGGUUUCAUAAAGUGUUGAUGCUAAACACGAAAACAAUUAUUUAUGGCCUGAGCUUGGAAACAUUUUUAGGUUAGUCUUAUUGAUUAUGUAUGAAUGUAUACCCUGAUACAUAUUCAAAUAUGUUAUUGAACUCUCAAAUGCGUAUUUUUCAUGUUAAAGUGGGAAUGUUUGUUAUAAACACGGUUUUAUUGUAAAGUUGUGUGUUUAAUGUUGUAUAUUAUUUAUAUUGUGCCUCUGUGUACAUUGUUAUGGGCCGGUGGCCCUACUGCCAAAGCAAAUAAAUGCUUAAAAAACAAGAGAAUGAAUACAAAUGUGAUAAUCUCUAAUGUUAAAUAUCUGAAUUAUGAUUUGGGUUGUUCUAAUUUUUGAAUGUUUAAAAUUAUGGUUUGUUUUAUAAUUUAUUUAAAUACAAAUCACACUUUGAAAUGAUAUUGAUAUCACAAUAGGACUGCACAUAAUAAAAAUAUGACAUUAUGGUUAAUGGGAUGCCCUUAGCAACACAUCAACAAUUCGUUGGUCAGACUUCUAUGGGGUAAAAAAAUUAAAAACUUUUAUAUCUGUUUUUCAGAGUUACAGACCUUUUAUAUUUUUUUAACAUGCAGUGCACAUAGAGAUUCUUGUCUAAAUGCAGUCACCAGAACAUAAUUGCAUUGCUUUCUUUUACCUUGCCUCACUCACAUAACAGUUAAUAAACCCUAGACUGUUCAUUUUUUUUGGAGUUUGUGUUGCAUCUUUACACUAUUUGGCACUUAUAGUCAUGAGCACUUGUGGUGCUUGACAUUAAUAAUUUUCCAAUCGGAUUCAAAAUGGCUGACUGGCAGCCAUAUUGGAUUUUCUCUUAUUUUUGCUUAAAAAAACAAAACAAAAAGAAAUAUUCAUCAUUUCUUACAUUACGCAAGUCAUAUUUCACACACUUUUUAGCAUUCACAUUUUGCCACCAAUUGAUCAUGAAUGAUCUCCUUUUUUCUGUUGUACCAUCUCAGUAACCACUGGCCAGGAUCACUUCGUUUUUUAUUCAUUGAUUCUUAGUGAAUUAAUUUGUAACUUUAUUUUAAACACAUUUGUUUUUUUAACUCUGUUUCAAAGGGGUUUUUGCAUGUGAAAAGUAAUAAAAAAAAUGUGAUAUAUGUGUUCUCUAUGUAUUUUUUGGCUGUAUAAUAAAAUAUGUUGUUGUAUUGUGGUUUAUUUUUAGUUCUUAGUUUUGUGCUCGGGGUAUUUUCUGUUAUUUGGUGUUCCAAAUAUUUCACAAUCUAGACUACAGGGGCCAUGAUUAUGAACAAUCUCAUGUCUGAGUUCAGAUUCAAGCAGCAAAACUGCAGAUCUUCAUUUUAUUGUAACUUUGCUUCUAGAUGGGUAUUGAUGUUGAAAUUUGCUGAAUUUAAUUUCUAGUGAUGUAAUUAAACAAAUGGAAUAAAAAUGAUUCUUUGUAAUUUAAAUAAGUGCUUUUCUGUGUCUUAAUCUAGAAUCAGACUUGUGGCUGUUUAUAAUAAAGGACCUGGAACAACAGAAAACAUGGCUUAAAUAGCAAUGUUGUAUGUCAAAGAGCCUUAAAUAUGAUGUUUUUAAUCCAUUGUUAAAAAUAGAAUAAUCGGCACAAUAAUUCCAGUUACCCCUAAACAUACUGUCUUUAUCUUUUUAAUGUGCGCCAACAAUAAAUACU